AUGGGGCUGCACCCGGAGGUCGUGGACGCCAUCAAACGCGCGGGCUUCGAGAGGCCGUCGGCGAUCCAGGCGGACGCGAUCCCGGAGAUCGUCGCGGGCAAGGUCACCGUCGUCGCGGCCGAGACGGGCAGCGGCAAGACCCUUGCGUACCUCGCGCCCGUCGUCUCCAAGGUCAUCGCCGCACGCGCCGCCCGGGCACGCGACGCCGACGCGCCCGGAGAGGCGCGGCGCUACGUGGACGGCGUGCAGGCGCUCGUCCUGUGCCCCACGGGCGUCCUGUGCGAGCAGGUGCUGGGCGUCCUGCAGGCGCUGCAAGGCCCCGACGGGACCCCCCUGGUGUCGUCGCUGAGGUACAACGCGUCCACGUACGCCCCGGAGCCGGUCGAGGUCGCGGUGACGACGCCCGCCGCGCUGCUCGCGCACAUGGAGGAGCUCUACUGGAGCGAACACCCCCGCGCAGGGGGGCGCGGCAACAUGCUGGACGGGAUGCUGUCGGCGGUGCGUACGGUGGUGAUGGACGAGGCGGACGCGCUGCUGCAGGGCUCCGAGGCCAAGUCGCUCGACAGGCUGCUCGAGAAGCUCCGCCUCGGGGACCGCCGCCGCCGGCAGCUCGCGGCGAUGGCCGAGCUGCAGGUCACGGAGGACCAGAUCCAGAGUCUGCCGCUGCGUGCGCGGCAGACGAUGAACCGCGAGGGACCGAAGGCGCUGCUCAAGCUGCUGGGGAAGAGCGGGAAGGCGACGGGCGAGGAGCCGUUCUACUGGGAGCGGCAGCUGGUGUUCGCGGGCGCGACGAUGCCGCACACGGGCAAGCGCGGUGUGGUCGAGAUGGUGCUGCGGGACCACCCCGAGGCGGUGUGGGUCAACGGCGCGGAGCUGCACCGCAGCAAGGCGGACGUGCGGCACCGCUGGCUGCAGGUCGCCGCGGAGCACUGGGAGGAGGCGCUCGAGGAGGCCGUGCGCAGCGGGCCGCCCGCGGAGGGCAAGACGAUGGUGUUUGUCAACGGCAAGGGCGCCGCGGACAGGGCGCACGACGUGCUGCGGCGCGCCGGGGUGGACUGCGUGCUCUACCGCGGGGGGCUGCCCGCGCGGGACGCGGCGCUCGCGAUGGAGCAGUUCCGUGCCGGCAGCGGGGGCCUGAUGGUGUGCACCGACUCGGCGGCGCGCGGGGUCGACGUGCCGGGGGUGGUGCACGUGGUGCAGGGGCAGUUCGCGAACACCGCGAUCGACUUCAUCCACCGGAUCGGGCGCACGGCGCGGGCGGGCUCGAAGGGCUGGGUGACGUCGCUGUACGCGCCGGACCAGGCGCAGCUGGCGGAGACGAUCAAGCUGGCGGUGGAGGCAGGGCGGCCCGUGGAGAAGGCCUUCAGCCGUAAGCGGUCGUUCCGGAAGAAGAUCCGGAAGUUCGGGAUGGACACUGUGCGGGACAGGGUGCUCGAGGAGGGGGCGACCAUCGCGGAGGAGCUGGGGUCGAAUCGCGGCGCGCGGCGGACGUGA